AGGCGGCCAGCGAAAGGAUAUUCUUGCAAAGCCAAGGCUCUAAAGUCAUAUCAUUGGAUUUUCGAAGAACAAAAUGGACUCUGAAGCCUCCUGCUGUUGCCUUUUGUCAAAUCAUUUCAAGUGAUGUGAGCCAAAAAUAUCCGACAUAGAGCUCUAUAGUUACCUGCUUGAGGUAAAUAACUCCAAGUCAAUAAACAAUAACGAUAACUGAAGGACCAUGGCCACGCCAGGCAAAUGCUUGGCCUGCAUCCUUACGCCAAUUAUCGUGGUAAUUAUAAGCAUUUCGAGAACUUGUGCAAUGCAGGAGCAGCAGCAGCCACUCGGAAUUAAGUCGUUAUCUCACAUCGUCGAUGGCAGGAACAACCUGUUGCCCAUAAUUUCCGCGCCACCGAGCAUGGAUAAUGAUUACGUUUACAUUGCCUCUGUCAACAGCAAGGUGCCACAGUUUGGCAAUGGCCUGGACGAUGACCAGGAGGCUGAGGAGCAGCCACUGGACGAGACCACCUAUCCGCCACCCGUUUUUGACUUUGGAAUGCCGAGGAAUAUCACGGCCAGGACAGGACACACGGCGGCCAUCAACUGUCGCGUGGAGAAUCUGGGAGACAAAUCGGUGUCCUGGAUAAGAAAACGCGAUUUGCACAUUCUGACUGCAGGCAUUUUGACCUACACAUCUGAUGAGCGUUUCAAGGUGGUGCGGACCGCCGACUCCAAGGAUUGGACAUUGCAUGUGAAAUAUGCCCAGCCACGUGACAGCGGCAUCUACGAAUGCCAAGUGAAUACGGAGCCAAAGAUUUCGAUGGCAUUCCGCCUGAAUGUCAUAGUCACGCCGCCAGAUGCCAAGGCGAUUAUUGCCGGCCCGGCGGAUUUGUACGUCAAAGUGGGCAGCAGCGUCACACUCACAUGCCUGGUGAAGCAGCCGGGGACAUCAGUCCAGGAUAUUGGGCCAAUUUACUGGUAUCGCGGCCCAUACAUUCUCACGCCGUUUGUCGCUCAUCCGAAUGAUGCGGCCAUCGAUUUGCAGCGCAUCUCCAUGGAAUCCACACUGGCCGAGAAGCUUCAAAGCAGAUUACGCAUCGCCAACGCUCAGCUGCUGGACACGGGCAACUAUACGUGCAUGCCGACCACAGCGGAGGCGGCCAGCGUGGUGGUCAAUGUCAUCAAUGAUGAGAGUCCUGCGGCGAUGCAGAAGAGCGGAGCCAGUGGCAGCUCCAUACGGAGCAGCAGUCGCCAGAUCCUGCUGCUGCUCCUGGCGAUGGUUGUCAGCUCCGUGGUGCGAUGGCUUAUUGGUGGCAGGAGCAGGAGCAGCACCUCGAAUUUAUCAUCCACUCUGCAUAUCAAUUAUUGCCACCUGCAUUGGGAGAUCGGCGAUGAGGAGCAGCGGGCUCUGAGGUCACCCACCUUGGCAUCAUGAUAAUUAAGUGCUGUCCACUUUUAAGCAUCCUGUAUAUACAAUGAAUUCAUAGUUAAGCAUAACAAACAACACUUGUGUAAAUCCGAAGGAAAUAAGAUGAGGAAACCAUUUAAAUGUUUGGGAAUAUUGUUUGUUUUUGAAAUGAAUUAUUUAAAAUGUAUAGAAACUUUAAAUUUAUUACCCUUCACUCUCCACACCUCCCCCCUGUAAAUGGUUUCCCAUCAGCUAAACAAUAAACUAAACUAUAACUACAUUUAGUGCUAAUUUUUAUGCAUAGCGUAAAUAAUUCUGUUGCCAUUAUAUAAAUAAAAUAUAAUGCCCGACAACAAGUAAUUAUCAAAUGUAAAGGUAAAUGUGUGAAAAUGAUGA